AUGUUGCUGGAAGAGUGUCACGAGCACUUCAACACUAAAGACUUGUACGAAGUCCUCCAUGCCGAAAAAUCUUCUUCUGCCGCAGAAAGUAACUUUUUUCAUUGAAACUUUUUUUUCACCGCACUUUUCAGUCAAGAAAGCGUACUACAAGCAGUCAAUGAAAUUCCAUCCGGAUAAAGCGGAAGACAACGAGGAGAAAAAGAAGGAGGCUACGGUUAGAUUUCAAAUAAUUUCGAAAGUCUACGGAAUUCUGUCGGAUAAGGAAAAAAGAGCCGUUUAUGAUGAAACCGGUAAAGGAAUAUCGGAUAAAGAUUCUGAAACUGAAGUUUUUCAGGAGCUAUUGAUGAAGAAAAUGCGCUUUCCGAUGAGGAAGCUGUAAACGUUUGGAGGAAGUUGUUCAAAAAAGUCACAUUGGAGGACUUGGAAAAGUUCUGCGAAGAGUAUAAAGGUAGAAAUUGAAUAUUUGUUCGUUUGAUUAUUUUGAAAAAAAUUUCAGGAUCCGAAGAAGAACGUCUUGAUGUUCGGAAUGCAUAUGAAAAGAAUGGCGGGGAUAUGACCAAAAUUAUGAACGAAGUUUUGGUGGCGUCUUCUGAGGAUGAAGAAAGGAUAAAGGUUGGUUAUAUUAAUCAAAUUAUUUUCUUAAAAAAAUUGUUCAUUUUAUAAUUUUUUUAUCAGCAUUUUAUGCCUCGUUCAAAUUCAUUUUGACGAUUUCAAAACGAUCUAUUUUUUUCUUCGAAAAUUUCGAUAAAAUUUUUUUAUUUUCACUCUUUGACGCUCAUUUUUUUCCUUUAAGUCAAGUAUUUGGAAAUGGUUUUUUUCGUCUUGAAGCUUAGAUAAAAUUGGCUUAUGCUCCUUCAAUAACCUCAGAAAGAUUUUCCGUAAUAAUCUUCGUAAUAAAAAUAUUCAGGACAUAAUCAAAGAGCUGAUCAAAGAAGGAAAGCUAAAAGAGACGAAAAAGUUCAAAUCUUCAACGUCCAAGGUAUUUUUUUGCACAAAAUUCUCCAAAAGAAGGAAGAUUUCAGGCCAAAACGGCAACCAGACAGAAAAAAGCUGCGAAAGAGGCCAAGGAAGCUGAGCAGUACUUGAAGGAAAUUCAAGCCAAGGAAGGGUUUGAUGAUUUGCAAACGGCGAUUAUGAAAAGAAGCGCGGCUCGUUCCUCCACGAUGGACAAUUUCUACGAUUCUCUCGCCGAGAAGUACGCGCCGAAGAAGAAAUCCAAAAAAUGA